UUUGGCCGAGCUUUCAGCUGAAAAUUUUGAAAGCUGUCCCAAGAUUGUCAAAAUGUCGUACUUUGUCAUCACGGGCAAAAACGACUGCCCUAAUACCACCCACGCCCUCCACGUAGCUGAUUACUUGACCCGAAAUCUCCCCCAUUUUGUGUACCACUCUGUGAUAAAAACAGAAAACGAAUGGAUGAUCUACUUGGACCAACUAAACAGUGAAAACAACUGGCACCAGACAAAAAGCCCCGUCAUUUGGAAGGAAAUCAGUAGAAUGGGAGGGAAAAAGUACCUCAUUGGAGGACUUGGAGAAUUUUGGGAGUACUUGUACGACUAUUACGGAUUCCAGUCACGGAUGAGUAAAGACGAUUUGAAGAAAAUCAUGGCUGAUAAUUUACUUAUUGCAUCGUUGAAACAAGAAUGUCAAGUUCAUACUAUUAGCAUUAUUGGUUGUAGUAACAGUUCAGUUCUGCAACCACAUAUCUACGAGUUACAACAAUGUUUCGAUGAAGGUCAAGAGACUUUACUUGAAAUAAAACUGUACGAUCAGCGAUUGGACGAUCCGGAUGAGGAAGAUGUAAUGUUGGAGGUGAUUGACGAAAUUAGAGAUACACUUAAAUGCGUUCCUCAAAACUUACACAUUGUUCUGAGCCAAGAGGAAGCCAUCAGCAACUGCGAUUUGCUUAUCAUUGUACAAGAUUACAGCAGAAAGUCUGGAGAAGAUAUAGACUUGUGGCUGGACCGCUGCCGCAAAAGCAUGGUCCUGCUCGCUGACGAUGUGAACCAUUUCGCGAAACGUAGCCUGAGAAUCGUCCUAAAUCACCACGGUCCUGUUUGCUUUAACGCUUCAGUUCUUAUGGAAUAUUGCACUACCAUAAGACUAACAAACAUUGUUGCAGUAACAACGGAUGAAGCUAUUAGUAUUAUUAGCCAAAUGGCUGAAAAAGUAAAUGAAUAUGUGGAGAAUUUCUGGUGUCCACCAGUUUGGGGUUUUUGUGGACUCAUGUCCUACAUUCCCAUACAAGCUACAUGUAUCAAAACUAACGUUUAUAGACCGUUCAAAAGGGCACUCAAAGCUAAAGCUACUUCCAAAUUACCUAAAGGUGUAAUACAACCUGAGAUUAGGUUUUUGGAACAUUUGAUCAAGACUGAAGAUGAUCUUUACGAAGAGAUUGAAAAUAGGAAGGAAAAGGAAAAAAAGUUGCUUGGGAGAGAACCGAUUUUGCCGAAAGUUAGAGCUCUGGGGAGUUUGUUGAAAAGAUGGUACGCCAAAGAGAUAAAUGAUGAUAUAAUUUCGUUGGGGAUCUAUUCCAAAGGCACUUUUGGAUUCCCUAGAGGUAUUUGCGUCUCUCAACCAGUUUUACUCAACGAAAAUAGGGUGUGGACACCAAUUCCUAAUCUUCCAUUACGUGAAACAACCAAAGCAAAAAUUCAAGCAAUUUCUUUACACAUUGACAAUACUCUUAAGAAAUACGGGCUUGGCCAGAGAUUCACACACACAGAUUGAACUUUGAUUGGAGUUAAAACAAAUUAAACAGUACAAAAAAUCUAAAAAAAA